GAGGCGGGGGGGGGCAGCGAGAGGUGGCAGGGGGAGCUCCCCGGCCACAGCCAAGGCAAAGCUCCGGGAGGGACUCCGGCUGCCCGAGCCACCAUGGGGCUGGAGAAAGAGAAAGCGGACACCAAGAUCUUCAUGGACGAAGAGGGCUUCAAUCGGAGCAGCAGCCCGGCUCUGUCCGACACCGAGAAAAGCUUGGACAAAGCCGCCGACAGGGACCCGCGCGGGAUCAACACCCACCUGAAGCUGGGAUUUGAGGAUGUGAUCGCGGAGCCUGCAUCCACUCACUCCUUCGACAGGGUCUGGGUCUGCAGCCAUGCCUUCUUCGAGGUCAGCAAAUACCUGAUCUACAAGCUCCUGACCCUUUUCCUUGCGGUCCCCUUGGCUCUGGUGGCAGGAAUCCUCUUUGCGGUGCUCAGCUGCCUGCACAUCUGGAUCGUGAUGCCUUUCAUCAAGUCUUGCCUUAUGGUCUUGCCUUCUGUGCAGGCUGUAUGGAGGAGCGUGACAGAUGUUUUCAUUGCACCAGUAUGUCACAGCAUAGGAAGGUGCUUUGCAGCAGUCAACGUACAGGUUGACCAACAGUGAACAUCUGGAAUUCAACGAUAGUCUAAUCUUAAAUGAUGUUAAACCUCUCUGCUGACAUAGCAUGGAGACACUUAAGCAUUCAUUCCAAAACUACUAUUGUAUAAAUGAUAUUUUGUUUUUCUUCAGUUGGGUUGCACUUUUUUCUGAAAAGUAAGCUUGCUUUGGGGACAGUAAAGAAUUGUUUAAGAGAAAUUAGCCCAUUUUCUAACUGAAAAAUAACGGGCUACAUUCGUCAAUGCCUUAUUUUAAUGGUACUCUCAUUGUCUGGUUGUCCCGGAUGUGUCAUGGAGACGUACAUGACCACAUCACAUCUGCUUGCCUAGAGAGACAGAAGAAGGUAACUACUAUGAACCCUAACUAUAGGAUGUCGCCAUGCACUGUAUCAACUAAAUCUGUAUCUAAAUCCCAGUUUCUUUGAAAGUUAUACCUGUAAUAGACCUGCCCUAUAUCUUACUGUUAAAGCUCUCAGAAUUAUAAAUGCAAACCGCCCAGAGAGCUUCAGCUAUGGGGCGGUAUAUAAAUUUAAUAAAUAAAUAAAUAAAUAUAGUCAUUCCUGAAAACUUUCUUCAUCUGAAUCCUACCAGUCAACCUAUUACCUUAGCAGCUAGCUCCCUAUAGAAUUUAGCAGCUCCUUGCACAAUGCAUCAGCAUCCUUCUGCCCCCAGUACCUGCAGUCUCUCGAAUCCAGUGCUUUCCAACAGCAUAGGAGUUCAUGAGCAGCUGCACCUGGGUCCCCUCGGUCAGUAGUGGAAACUGGGGACUUGAGCCAUAGUUAGGGUUUGAGUUGGGGCCUGGACAGCAGCAGGCAGGUGAUACUUGUGCUAUUGACCAAGAAAGGGCAGGAGGCUAGGCUUAUGUUUAUAACGGGCCUAGCCAAUCUGAAAACCUCAUACUGUCUGCCAGCCCCAAGGGGGUGACGUUGCACGUCCCUUCUGUGCUGUGGGAUCUCUGAACACACAUUCCUAGGUAGCUCAUUAGAUGAGGUGCCAGCGCCAGACCAUGAGAGUCCCAUUUCAAGCACUGGAAUCCCUAACAUGGAAGUCAGGCACGCAAUAGUGCUCCAAGGCACACAUGGAGAUUGUCUACUGAGGGAAAGAUGCAUACAGCCACUCCCUUUCAAGUGAAUAGGGAAGCCAUUUCAGUAGAUGGCUUAGACUAGGGGUGGGCAACUUGUGGCCCUCCAGAUGUUUUGGCCUACAACUCCUAGCAUCCGUCACCAUUACCUAUGCUGGUUGAUGGGAGUUGUAGGCCAAAACAUCUGGAAGGUCACAAGUUGUCCACCCUGGUGUAGACAGAAAACAGGGUUCUGGACUUUGAUAACAAAGCAUCAUCCCUGAAGUGCUUUGCAGGAGAAUGCCCCCUCUUUUUCUCAUUGUGGGGUGUGUAUUUCUUAAGAGAUAUUUUCUUGAUCAUUCUGUAUCUCUUGGGGUUUUGUGAAGUUCUGCAUAUGUCGAUGCAGUUCAGGAUUGAAAGAAUAGUGCAUGGAUGUUUACAUAAAACCUUGCAGAGAAAUUAGAUACUUCUGCCUCUGGCCUACUGUGCAAUUUUCUGAAGAUAAAAAAGAAGGGGCAAAGUUACUCCAAAAUUUUUUUCUUUUUUUUAAUAAGGUGUUGAUUUGGAGCAGGUAAUAAAUCUUGAUGCUUUAUUUAAUUGAACUUUUUGAUUUUGCUGUAUAUAUUGUGUUUUUAUGUAAAUGAUAUGGGAUGGGUUACCUUGAAGCGUUAUGUUUACGAUCUCUGUAUUCUUGCCACAUUGUUAUCCUAAAGAAGUGGGGUGCUUCAGCCAAUUGCCUGCUUGGGUGAUCUUCUACCAUGCACAGAAAGUCUGCAAUAUGUAUACAGGUCCACAAAGGUUUCCACAUAGAAAGGCCUUUUUGAACUGCCCUUUGCUUGAAGAACCUGAGUCAGGAUCAUAUUGUGUCUUGGAAACUAGAACAUCCCACAUGGAAGUAGGUGCUACCCACUUCUCAGCUGAGCAGUGUGUGGAUAUUCCCUCCUACACUGGGAUCUUCACAGUUCUUGAUCUUUGGACUGUGUUCCAUGCCUGGAAAUACUAGCAUACAGCACUUCAAGGUGCAUGAGCAUCUCCAGAGCAGGGUCAAUGAAAUUCUAAAUGAGUGGGUUUUGUUAUCUCAGUUAUGCAACACAUCAGUUGAAAUAUCCAUGUGCAAUUCAAAAUAUACCAAAGACUUCAUAUAAUGCUACUUUUGAUACCUAAAUACUAUCAUACAAGCUAUGCAAACAAUUCUGAAUGAUGUAUUUUAAAAUUAUUUCUAUUAAAAUGGUCUAUAUAACA